AUGCCCCAUCCACCCAUGCCUCGCCACGACAUCUGGAGCCCGGACGCGUUCCGGAACCCGGCGUUCGUGCCCCCAUCGGCCGCGGCAAGCCUCCCCCGCCGCACGCAUCCUCACAUCAGCGCACCUCCUCCUCCUCCUCCUCCGCCUCCCUCCCGUCUUACACCUCACAAGUCGGAGCCCGGCAACGGCGGCGGCGGCGGCGGUGAUGGCGUCACCAAGGAGUUCUUCAAACACAGCAGCGCGAAGCGCGUCAACACGGACGCCGUCAUCACUAAGGCCCUCAAGGAGCAGUACCCGCACCUCGAGCUCGUCGUCGUGCCCGAGAUGCUCGGCUACGGUAACGACUGCAACCUACUCGGCUUUGCCCAGGCCGGCAACGCCACCUUCGAGCCCGUCGAGGACGUGGGCGGCGCGCUGCCCUCGUCGCUCGAGUGGCUCGUCUACCUGCCGCCCGCCCGCCGCCUGGACGGCGACCGCGGAGGCCUCGCCAACGCGCCCAUCUACGGCAAAUACCUCUACAAGUGGCAGGGCCACGAGUUCAUUGUCUACCUCGUCGACGGCCGCGACGGCACCGGCGCCUACCCGCCCAUCAAGAACUACUACGUCCUGGCCGCCGACUCGUACUACGCCGACCAGCUCGUGCUCGCCGCCGGCAAGUGGAGCAGCGACCUGCACGAGGAGGUCUGGGUCUACGACGAGGGCUACUGGCAGAAGAGCCGCGAGCUGUUCGAGAGCAUCCGCAACGCCUCCUGGGACAGCGUCAUCCUCGACGAAGACAUGAAGCAGGCCCUCGUCGAGGACCACCUGUCCUUCUUCAACUCGCGCGACACGUACCAGAACCUGCGCGUGCCGUGGAAGCGCGGCCUCAUCUACUACGGCCCGCCGGGCAACGGCAAGACCAUCUCCAUCAAGGCCACCAUGAACAUGCUGUACGGCCGCGGCAUCCCGACCCUGUACGUGCGGACCCUGGUGUCGUACAUGGGGCCCGAGUACUCCAUCAAGCAGAUCUUUGGCAAGGCCCGCGAGUACGCCCCCUGCUACCUCGUGCUGGAGGACCUCGACACCAUCAUCUCCGAGGGCGUCCGGAGUUACUUCCUCAACGAGAUGGACGGCCUCAAGUCCAACGACGGCAUCUUCAUCAUCGGCAGCACGAACCACCUGGACCGUCUCGACCCGGGCAUUGCUAAACGCCCGUCGCGCUUCGACCGCAAGUACCUCUUCCCGGACCCCAACCUCGAGCAGCGCGUCGCCUACUGCCACUUCUGGCAGAAGAAAUUGCGGUCCAACAAGGACAUCGAGUUCCCCGACAAGCUAUGCGACGCCGUGGCCGGCAUCACGGACAAGUUCAGCUUCGCCUACAUCCAGGAGGCCUUCGUUGCCGCCCUGCUCGCCAUCGCGCGCCAGUCGGACGGCAGCAGCGGCGGCAAGAAGCGCGAGAGCGCCCGGCCGGCGCUGACGGAGCAGCUCGACGACGACUGGCUCGGCGUCGUGGACGCGUCCGGGGACGAGGACCUGAAGAAGCUUGUGCUGUGGGUCGAGAUCAAGAAGCAGAUCGAGAUCCUGCGCGAGGGCAUGGAGCAGGAGACGGCCACCUCGGCCUGA